ACGGCCCUUCUCUUCUAAAAACCCUAACUCCCUUUCUUCUUUAUUACAUUUCUUCCUCUUUAUCCCUUCUGUGAGCAAACAGAGAGAGAGCGCCGAAAUGGGUCGUGUAAUCAGAGCACAACGUAAGGGAGCAGGUUCCGUAUUCAAAUCUCACACUCAUCACCGCAAGGGUCCUGCAAGGUUCCGUUCGCUUGAUUUCGGUGAACGUAAUGGUUACCUCAAAGGUGUUGUUACAGAAAUCAUUCAUGAUCCAGGUAGGGGUGCGCCAUUGGCACGUAUGACAUUCCGUCAUCCGUUCCGUUACAAGCAUCAGAAGGAAUUGUUCGUUGCUGCAGAAGGGAUGUAUACUGGUCAGUUUAUUUACUGUGGGAAAAAAGCUAAUCUUAUGGUUGGUAAUGUCCUUGCACUCAGAUCUAUACCUGAAGGUGCUGUGGUUUGUAACGUUGAGCAUAAAGUUGGUGACCGUGGUGUUUUUGCUAGAUGCUCUGGUGAUUAUGCUAUUGUUAUCAGUCACAACCCCGAUAACGGAACAACUAGGAUUAAGCUUCCAUCUGGAUCCAAGAAGAUUGUGCCCAGUGGAUGUCGAGCCAUGAUUGGUCAGGUUGCUGGUGGAGGAAGAACUGAGAAACCAAUGCUUAAAGCUGGUAAUGCAUACCACAAGUACCGGGUAAAGAGGAACUGCUGGCCAAAGGUUCGUGGUGUUGCUAUGAAUCCUGUGGAGCAUCCUCAUGGUGGUGGUAACCAUCAACAUAUUGGUCAUGCCAGUACUGUCCGUCGUGAUGCACCACCUGGUCAAAAGGUUGGUCUUAUUGCAGCAAGGAGGACUGGUCGUCUUCGUGGUCAAGCUGCUGCUACUGCUGCCAAAGCUGACAAGGCCUAAGAUAUUAGUUUUGUUACUGUUUUCCUUCUUGUUGUGUUUGGAUUUUGAGUAUUCAGCUACAAUCAUCUUUAUACUAAGUUUUGUUGGGAUCUUAUUUAGACAAAUUUGCCAUUUAUAAAUGUGUUUAGCUUGGCUCUCA